GCUGUGGUGGAAGUGGAGGACAUGCCUAGUGGCCGGGUCCUUGUAGGUAUAUCUGGCCUGUUAGCUCAUGCAAGUAGAGCCGGUCAGCGCAUGGUACUAGCCGGACUUGUCAGAGCUCGGCUCCUUAUGCCAAAUGGUUCAUACGGGUUUAAGAUUGUGCUUCUCCUCCAACUCUGGUCUAUUUCUAUCAGUGCUACCUGUAACACUGGUUUUGCCAAUCAUUUACGUGCUACGUCUCACUAAAAGGAAUGGCACGGCGAACCCUUACACCUGGGCUCUUGUCCGGCUUUGAGAAAUACACGACGCAGUACGAGUCCC